AUGAACCCAAGCGAGCUUGAAUUCUUCAAGCAGCAAAAAAUGAAUAUUGAACAAUCCAUUGCAGUGGGUGGUUUCGGAGAAAUAUUCUUAGUCUAUAGCGAACAAUAUAAAAUGCAUUUUGCAAUGAAGAAAAUAGAAUCCAAGUUCUUCAACCGUACUGAAAUUGAUGUGCUUCAGUCCAUUGAUAAUAACAAUAUAGUAAGACUUUAUAGCUAUUUUGAACUUGGUGAACAUGUUUUCUUAUUGAUGGAGUAUUGCCCUUCAGAUCUCUAUCAAUAUGUAAAAGAAAAUGAAGAUAUAGAACCAGAAAAACUCCGGAAGUACAUUCAAGAAAUGGUUCUCUCAAUAAAGGCUUGUCACGAUUAUAAAAUCGCGCAUAAUGAUAUCAAGCCUUCAAACUUCCUUUUGGACAAGUAUGGAAGAGUAAAAGUAUGUGAUUUUGGUCUCUCAAUGAUUCAUGAAGAAGAUUCGUUAAGUAAAUCUUAUAAAGGAACUCUAUUUUUCAUGGCCCCAGAACAACUUAGAAGAACAGAGUAUAAUCCAAUAAAAGCUGAUAUUUGGUCUCUUGGUGUAACCAUGUUCUAUAUGGCAACAAAAACGUAUCCAUUUAUUGCAUCACAUCCCGAUCUCAUUUUGAAGCUAAUUGACAAUGGUAACUACCCAAUCUUCGCUGUAAAGAAUCCUAAUCUUAGAAGAAUCAUUAUGAAAUGCCUCCAGGUGGAUCCAUCACAACGUCCAACCUGUGAAGAAAUAUUGGCAAUGCCUUAUUUCGCCAGUAAUUCCAUUAAAGGUGUUGGUAUCCAUGCAAUUGCUUCUACAAACCAUUGCAAAUUGAUCUUGAAACCAAACGCAAGUUCAGAAAAAUCUAUAUUCGAUAACAAGCACUCAUUUGUCUCCAGUAAGAGACUUAGACCAAAAUCCCUGCUUAAUACCAAGAGAUGA